UAGCCCCACCUGUCAGGCUCUUUAAAUCCAGCCCAGCUGGGAUCUGCGGCUCAGACGCAGGAGCAGCAGCACCAUGAAGGCCCAGGGGAUCCUCCUAGCUCUGGCUCUGCUUGCCCUGGGUGCCCAGGGGGCCUCCUUGACCAGCAAAGAGGACCAAGAUAAGAAGGGCUACUGCUACAACGUGCCCCCCUUGGGAGACGUCUUUGACACCCAGGACUGCAGUGCCUGCCAGAGGAACGGGUCCUGCUCCACCUGCGCCAGGGAUGACCAGUGCCCAGGCACCCAGAAAUGCUGCCCGGGAGACUGUGGCUACAUCUGCGAGGAAGCCAUUGUGGAUGUUUGCCAGCUGCCCUCCGUCUGUGGCAUCUGCAAGGCAAUGUUCCCACGCUUCUUCUACAAUGUUUCCACUCAUAAAUGUGAGCCGUUCAUCUACGGCGGCUGUGGUGGCAACAAGAACAAUUUUGAAUCCGAAGACGAGUGUCGCAGAGCCUGCAGAUUCACCAAAGGGAGCGCCUGACUGUUGGCUGGAACAGAGAUGGGAAAAUCAUCAGAAUGGACUCCCGACUCAGCUGCUUUCCUGGAGCCCUGAGUCUGCCACCGAGAUGGGAUGAGGCGGAUGCCUCCAUGUGGUUAAAGUUGCCUUGCCUGCAUCCUCCCUUCAUACAGUCUGUGUUGUAUAUCUGUGCAGUUGCCCCCAAAGGACACUCCGUCCCACUCCCUGGGUUGCAGCUGGUUGGCGUGUCCCUUGCCUAUGUCCUUCCCCUGGCUACGUCCCUUUCUGUGGGUGUUGAGAUAGGCUGGUCUUCUCUUCCCCCUCCAACCAACCAACCACCAACCAACCAACCAACCAACCAACCACCAACCAUCCAACCAACCAACCACCAACCAACCAACCACCA